AUGAGGUCGGCAAACCAGAAAGAGACGGGCAUCACAGAUAAACAGGCGCACGAGAGGUUGAUGUUUCUCUUUGGGGCGGCUAUUGGCUUAAACAUCAUCAUAACCGUCAAGUCUGGAGAAAGAUUCGAGGGUAUAUUGUCCGGAUCAACCCUCAAUCCCACCCACUCCAAGAUCACCAUGAAGAUGGUCCGAAAAAUACAACCUGCCGCGGUGGGACAAGUUAAUGGUGCUGCACCUCGGGAAGCGGCCUUGACUGGCUCGAGUCCCGAGUACGCAAUGAACUUCGACGUGAAAGACAUGGCCGACAUGAUCAUUUCCGAGUUCUCUCUUCCCGAGAACUCUAAACUCGCCAAUGGUACCCCUUCUGGAUUUCAAACUGACAGCGACAUCUCGGGCAACUCGCUUCGUGGAGAACGGACCCUGAAAAGAUGGGUUCCAGACGGGCCGGACACAACAGACUUCGCUCUGGAGUCUGGCAAUGCUUCUAGCUGGGAUCAAUUCACAGCAAACUCACAACUUUUCGGCGCCAAGAGCACGUAUGACGAAAACCUUUAUACCACGACUAUCGACCGAAACUCCCCCUCAUACAAACGCAGAGAGGCUGAGGCUGAGAGAAUUGCCAGGGAGAUAGAGGGCACGGCAUCUACAAAUCCGCAUGUUCGUGAGGAGCGUGGUCAGGCUCUAGAGAACGAUGGCGAAGACGAAGAAGAAAAAUAUAGCGGUGUUCGUCGUGAUGAUCGUGCUUUUCCACCUUUGCCAGUUGGUGGACCGAACAAAUAUACUCCGCCGGCAAGACGUGCACCAACAGGGCAAGCGACAAUCCCUGGUGCUCCUGUUGAUCCCGCCAUUAUCUCAGCGCAACUAUCUCGAUCUGAAGCCCCCCGAACCAAUGUUCAGAAACCGAAGCAAGAGAAAGAAACCGUGGCAGCUCCGGAGAAACCUUCCGUCGCCUCGACCGAGAAGACCGAACCAGAACCAAAUGGCGCGGCAUCUACAGCGGCUCUGGAGCCAUCGGCCGCUGGGACUCCCGUCGUGGCUCCGGAAGCCGCGAGCAAGGCUGAAAAUGCAAAAACAGGACCACAGUCUACUAGUAGCAUGGCUUCGCAACAGGGCCCUACGGAGAACGUAGAAGCCAAAGUCCUACACCACUUCCGUCAGUUCGCUGACUUCGAGAAGCAAAGAGUGAUAGAAAGAAGGAAGGCACAACAAAGCCAGGAUCGGACCGCCAAGUUGAAUGAGUUUCUUCGUUUCUCCAGAAACUUCAAACUGAAGACGCCAGUCCCGAACGAUCUCAUUGGUAUUCUUGCUAAAGAUCCGGCCAAACAAGAGGCUAUUGUUGAAAAGGCCCAAAAAGAACAUGACGAAUCAACUUCAACCGGUGCCAGCCCUUCACCGGCACCAGUGGCCAACGCCACCCCCCGCAAAGCCGAUGUUCCACAACCUCCCCCUUCUGUGCCCGACCGACAGACAUUCAACCGCGGUCGUGGGGGAUUCCCUCAACCUGGACGAUCUGACCGCCCGGUCAGCCAGCAACAACCACCACUUUUCCCCGGUCGAAACAACAAUACUCCAUAUCAACCCAGAUUCGGUUCCCACCAACAAGAUCGCAAAGCCACUCAACCACAUCCCGUCCCGGCUCCAAUUCCCAUUAUUGACGGCCGAAUACCUCCCACGGGACCGAUGGCCGAGCAAAAUGGAAUGACCAGCCCACAACGAUCGAACAUGCACACUCCAACUUCGGCGAUCUCGGGCAAAUUCAAUCUGAACGUGAAAGCUUCAGAAUUCCGCCCUACUGCCGCAACCUUCAAUCCCGGCGCUCCCUCCCAAACUCCGUCUAGUCCCAGCUCGACGCACAGAGGAGGAUCCAUUUCCCGAACGGCCAGUCCAUCGGUAUUUUUUGGCCACCGAAAACCCAAGCCCUCCUCAGAACGGCCAUCGAUUGCCAAAGAUUUCAACCCGAUAGUACGCAUGAAGGAGGAACAUGCUCCCAAGAAAGUAGAGAGCGGCACAAAGCCUGAAGAGGUGCAGAAGGACUACAGUGGCAAUGGAGGCAUCCCGAAUGCAUUCCAGACAGGACCAAGGUGGACGGUCAAGCCAGACAAUGAUCAAAAAACAUAUGAGGAAGCAUUCGAGCAACCCAGUGGUCCGGUUGCUUCGCCAAUUCAAAGCCGAUCAGGAUCCAGUCAUCACAUUCCAUUUCCUGGACAGGGGGUGCCAAUCCCGAAUGGUCCUGCUAAUAUCCCACACAUCUCGACGCCUCAGCAUGCACCACAUACCGGACCACACCAAUACCCGCAUCAAUACGAUGAAGGAAACCAUCGGAUACAGUUUGGGGCUGCCACUUCUGGAGUUUUCCCGUCUCCUAGUAUGCCAGCUCGUCAGGCAUCUGCUUAUGCCUCGCCAAUGGCACAUCCCGCUCAACUCUCAUAUCAGCAACAACCCUAUUUUGGCACGCCUGGUGGACAAAUGCCGAUGCAAAUGCGACCUUACCCAGGCACUCCCGGGAUGAUGCAUGCUCAGGUUGGACAGAUGAGUGCACCGGUAAUGGUUCAGCAGCCUUCUAAUGGACCGUACAUGGCAGUUCCUCAACAAUUCAAUCACCAAAUGCAAAUGUAUUCACCGAACCCCAGUCAAGUAUAUCCUCAACAGAACGCCGGAUACUCGAGUCCAGGACGGAUGGCCCCCAUGAUGAUGCAGCAAGGGUCACAACCAGGUCAUCCGGCAGCACCGAAUAUGAUGUUUAGUAUUUCGAAUCAAGGGGCUCCAAUGGUAUAUCCGCAACAACAGAUGGGAAUGCCUCGAGGCGGCUAUGGAGGUGGCCAUCAGUAUGGAUCGACACCUCAUCAGGGAUAUGCCAUGCAACAUCGAACAAUGAGCAGCGGAUAUGGACAAAUGCCCCCAAAAAUGCAUCCUCAAGUACAGCCGAACCACGUAAAUCCCAUGAAUGGACCACCUCAAGGGCCAACGUAUGGUCAGAUGGAAGGAGUGCAAGAUGAUGGCAAGUGA